GGAGCGUGCCCGGUCGGUCCCUCCGCGGAGCUGGGAGGCUGGCGUAGGGCCUCUCCCGCCGUUCCCUUGUUAGCGCUGUGCCCGCGGUGCUUCGGUGUCGGGUCCCGCCAGGUCUCCGAUCGGAGACCGCUGGUGAGCGUCAGUUACCGCUCUAUUCAACAUGUGUAUGGAGCUCAGCAUCCACCUUUUGAUCCAUUAUUGCAUGGAACCUUGAUAAAACCAGGUUCAAAGCCACCUACAACUCCAGUGAAACUAAAGAAAGUCAGCACCUUCCAAGAAUUUGAAAGUAACACAAGUGAUGCUUGGGAUCUUGGGGAUGAUGAUGAUGAACUCUUAGCAAUAGCUGCUGAAAACUUAAAUACAGAAGUGGUCAUGGAAACGGCUCACAAAGUAAUUCAGAAUCACAGCAAGUUACAGGAACAACAUAAAUUUCAGGAAGAACAUCUACAGGAAGAAAAACAAGUAGAAUCUCCAGAGCUGACUUCAAUUGCGUGUGGUGAUAAUAGGCUUGUUAAAUCAGUCAGUGAAGGUCAUACAUCAACUUCAUCAGAUAAUGCUAGUGAAAAUUCUUCCAUGCAGAGAUCACAAUCCCUUCCACAAACUUCCACACCUCCCUUAGUGAGUGGAAUGGCAGACUAUAAUACCUCAGUUACUCCUGCAUUAACUGAAAGAGAAGCAUCUCGAUUAGACAAAUUUAAGCAGCUACUCGCUGGCCCCAAUACAGAUCUUG